AUGGAAAAUAAGAAAAAAGAGGUCAGAAACGAUGGCGAUGACAGUGACGAAGAAAAAGAAGACAUGAAAAUAGAGAAGUUUUACUCUCUGUUAAGAAGCUUCCGUGACGCCCGCGAUCGACUACGCCGAAGGGAAGAACUACAUGAUCAGCUAGAUCAGAAAGAGAGAAACAAGAAAAAGAUGAAGAUAGAGCCUUGCUUUGAAUUGCAGGAUUUUACUACAGAUAUUCACUUCCCUUUCAAUUUUUCGGAUCCUGUAAAAAACAACAAGAAAAGUGAGAAGAAAGAUCAACUCAAGGAACAUGCUCUUGACCUUAAACUCUCGCUCUCUCACUAG